AUGAUAGAGAUAUCAAUUUCAUAAAUCAGUUUAAAAUAAGCAUUAGGCAAUUGCUAAAUAAACAUUGGAUUUAAAUGCGGUACAUUUCUUAAAUAUAAUCAGGUGAAAGGAAAGAAAUAUUGUAUUAAUAGUUUACAUCAACUCAAAAAAUUAUCAAAUAUUCUUAGCCUCAUCAAUAUGUUUUUGAUACCUAAAACACUAAGUUUGUAAAUUUUAAAUCAUUAUUAUUCUUAGCUCUAAUUUUAUAUUGAAACACCUGAUGAAUAAGGUUACAUUAAACUUCUAGGAAGUUCAAAACUGCUUAUUAAUGAUGUAUAAGGAAGAGAAGUAUCUCAUAAAAUAGAACUUGAACAUGGUAAUAUAAUGAAUAUUGUAUUACGAUGCACAACAGAAGUACGCAAUUCUGCAAAAUAAAUACCUAUUAUCAACAAUAGGAUAGAUAAUUAUCAUAUGAUGUCAGUAAACAAAUCAGAACCAAUCAUAAAUAAAAAACGAUAUGGAAGUCCUUAACCAAACAAAAAUUAACCCUCUCGUUCACCUUAACAUAAGAAAUUACCACCUUAACCGUAACCUCAACCUGUUGUGAUGUAAUAAUAACAAUAAUUUCUACAAUAAUAACCAUAAUAAUAAUUAUUAUAACCUACUAGUAGUAAUCUUAGUAAAAGUAGUGCUUCAAGUAUAAAACAAUAAAAAAUAUUGGAAGAUUAUAAAUAAGUUAUGCAGAACAGUAUUCUCGAUGAAAGUGAAGAAUUUCAAACUAGUCCAGAUCAUAGAAUUGAUCCUCCCCAACCUAUUAUGGAAUUUCAAAAUAAAAAUAGUGUCACUCCAAGAUAGAGUUCUAGAUAAAUUGAUGAAAUUUAAUUAGCAUAAUAUAAAUAAAUGGUCAAAGAAUUAUCAUUACUACUUGAUGUUUAAUAAGAUUGUGAUUCAAUUGUUUAUGCCGUAUAACAAUUAUUAUAGAAAUAUAGAGCUUAAAAUGAAUAAAUAAUGAAAAUUUAAUGCGAUAAUUAAAUAUUAUACAGUCAAUAUAGUAGUUUAUAAUAACAAAAAAGUCUUAUUGAAUAAAAAUCAGAUGAAUUUAGGAAUUAAGUUAAAACAAAAUUAAAAACAUAUAAAAGUUUAUUUGAUGAAAAUGUAUAACUUAAAAAUCAACUUAAAGAAGAUCUUUAAAAAAUAGUUGAUCUUAAUAUUUAAAUUAGAGAAUUAAAAGGAGAUCAAUAAGAAAAAUAAUUAAUAGAUUCAGAAAUUUAAACAUUAAAGCAACAAAUAGAUAAAGUGGCUUCGAAUGUUGAUCAAAAAUAAUAUGAUUAUGCAAUAUUAACUGAAGAAAUUAACUUAAUUCAAUUUAAUGUAUGA